GUGUGUGUGUGUGUCAGGGGGAGGGGAGAACCCAUCAAUGAGCAGCCUAGACCAUCUUUUGCAGCCCAGCAUGAUAAAAGAUCGCCAACUCCACCUACGUUCCACUUGCUGAUUGGUGUUGCGCAUGUAUCCAGCUAUUAUUUAUUGCACCCAAAUCAGUGACGCCCCAUUUAUCCAGAGCAGCUCCCUCCACUCUGCCCCUGUGCGCGCCAACUCACCAUCGUCUGUACGCAGAAUAGGUGUUGCUGAGAAAAUGAGAGGUUUUGUAUUAGUGUCUCUGCUCCUCAUCGUCAAACUCCGAUUUAGUCUGUCCAGAUGCGAGGAGCCGGAGUCAGGCAGACUAACUCCACUUCAACGUCUGGGUUUGAGUAACCCCAAACGGAACCUCUUGAAGAGGUACAGCGAUUUGGAUUAUGACAGUUUUGUCGGUUUGAUGGGCAGAAGAGAUGCUGGCGAUACAAAUGCCGUGGAGCCCCCACAAAAAAGGGAAAUGCAUGACAUUUUUGUUGGAUUAAUGGGAAGGAGAAAUUCUGAGCCGGAUAACGGUGCCUGGAGAAGAGAGUACCCUGAGAGGAGAGGGGUUUUUGUGAACAAGUGUAGGCUGAGGUUUCUUCAGGGGCUGUGACAUAAAACAAAGCAACACAAUCAACACAAGGACAUAACACAGGACAUAAAUCAUAUCUCAACCUUCUAAGUGGCCAAUGAAAGAACCUGACAUCUCAUGCACUCAAUCCAUACUAUGACUUCAUUCUUUUUCUUUAAAGUUCAAAAU